AUGGAGCGAACAACACCCACCUCACCUCCACCACUGGUGAGGUCGAGGACGGAUCAUCCUUCCUCGCCCCUAAUGGACGCUGUCGCCGAACUCGAAGCCCAAGCUGCGGAAGCAAGCUCCUCAUCGGCACGCAAGGGGGCCGCAAAUCGAGCUCGCGGUCGCUCCGUCUCUUCGCAAGCCGUACCCGUCACGCAACUGGCCAGGACGGCGCUCUCGUCGCUCCGCACAGAGGCCUUGGGAGACGAGCUCGAUCGUGGACCGGGAACACCAGACUUCACGCUUUCCUCUACAAACACACCGCAAUGGCGACGAGCGGAAGUCGAACGCGACCGAACCAUGUCCAGCCUCGGACAGGGUCUCCAGCUCAUCUCGGAAGCAGAGAGGAUCGCAGGUCCAUCAGGCAGCAACAAUGUUGCAGCACGCGCGCGGUCGGGAAGCGAUGCAUCCCACUCCUCCGACUCGUCCGAUUCGCACAAGAAGAAGGCAACGCCUCGACCACGCAUGUCGACGUUGCGCUCCUUCUUUUCAUCGUUCUCCGCGAACCCAUCGGCGGUGACCACGCCUCAAACCGAAAGCAAGGAUGCCUUCGCAGCACCGGUCCAGGCUGCGCGCGUGCAGCCGCUCGCCAUGCCAUCCGCCCGCCUCGCAGCGCCCAACGGCCUCAUGGGUCUUAACGAAGACAGUCCGCCUCUCACACCCACCGACGAUCCCGACGAGCAGUCCGAAUAUCAGCACUACGUCAACGCCUUCCACCAUUUCGUUCCCAAGGAAACGAGACAUGGUCCGCCCAAGCACCAGUGGAGUGCGGCCCAAGCCGCCGCGGACGCUCUCGCUCCUAGCCCCUCCUCCUGGCCUUUCACACCACCGCUCACCGCCUCGAACGCUACAUCUCCCGUCCCUGGCUCGCGCGCCUUCUCGCCCGAAGGCAUCCUCCCGUCGCACCUCGCCUCCAGCCGCUCCACCACCCCCACCUCUACCACCACCUCCGACCGCUCCACACGCAACAUCUUUGACGUCGACACCUAUCGCAUCCAACCCUCAACGCUCCUCUCCCUCCUACCGCGGCUUCAGAUCAACCUCUCCUCUUGGCGACUGUCGAUGCCCAACCUGCGGCCGUACCUCCCGCGUCUGCUGUGGCUGUUUGCCAUCUUUGCGGGCUCGACGGUGUGCAUCGUGUUGAUGCUCUCGACGUUGCCGCUGGUGUUGCCGAAGCACAUCACGUCUCUCUCCCUGACCGAGAUCAAGUCGCUCGCCCUCUCGCUGAAGGUCUACUCGCAGUCCAGCACGAAGGCGUUUGUGCAUACGCUCCUGGUGCUGGGUGCCUUUUUCACGUGGAAGCAGUCGUUCACUGUCCCCGGGUCGUUGAUCAUGAACGUCGUCUUCGGCGCCAUGUAUGGGACUUAUUCGGGGACGUUGUAUACGAGCACCUUGACGGCGGUGGGAGGGGUGUUUUGCUAUUUGCUCAGUGCGCCGUUGGGACCGUUGAUAACGAGUCUGCCAGGGUUGGCCAGACCGUUGGAUGCGAUGCGUCGCGCCCUGUCCCCCGCCCGAACCCACAGCGAUUCGAGCAUCUGGUCCUACCUGCUCAUCCUGCGGGUUCUGCCUAUCGUGCCGUAUGGCCUGAUGAACAUCGCAUGUGGCGUCCUGCGCGUUCCUCUUCUCCCGUACGCAGUGACGCUGGCGGUGGGUAGCGUGCCGUGGAACUUUGUCACGUGUCAGGUGGGCGAUUUGCUCCAGGAGAUCGUCGAGGCGCUCCCCGCCGAUGGCGCGGGUGGGGGUGGAAUGGGGGUGAUUGUCGAGAGGAUAUGGAAUCGGGAGAUGGUGGUCAAGUUGGUGUUGUUGAGCGCGGCGAGUUUGUGCCCCAUGAUUCUGGGGAGGGUGUUGAAGCGGAGAGGCGCCGAGGUGGAGUAUGAGGCGGUCGGAGUGGACGAGGUGGAUGACGAGGAGUCGAGUAGACCCGGUUCGAGGCGGACGUCGAUGCUGAGGGAAGGAUUGCCAACCGAGACGGUCGAGUUGGAUGGCUUGACUGCGGGUCGCACCAUAGGUAUCGGCCGUACUGGAAGCAUUCGGAAUGCGUGGCUGUGA